AUGCAGGGGCAAUCGCUGAACACCAAUUGCCUUGCCGUUGCAGUAGGCGGCAAUGCUAGCAUUACAGUCUUCUGGUUUAAGCGAUUCAAACGGCGAGAUUUUGAAAUUUCAGAACAAAAAGCAUACAUAAUUAAUUUGUCAAUCGUGGAUAACAAUUAUAUAAUCCAUGUUAUUGAAUUAAACAAGAUCGAUGAACAGCAAUGGCAGAAAGCGUAUCCGCCCGAACAUGGAAAUAAGGAUGGAGGGAGUGUUUCACAUGCACGAGAAAUAAACAGUAAGUUCAACAUCAAUUACAAAAUUACUUUGAUCGAAGGCAGUGGAAUGAAAUUGUCGGAAUCAGUUACUGACCACUGA